AGGACAGCAUUUUGGUACCGCCACAAAAAAAUAAUUCACUGCCCAUGGUAUAGACAUGGCGUCUGCGUGUUUGGUAUUGAAAACCUGCAGUAUCUGUCUGAGAGAAAAAGUUUAGUGGCUAACAAGCCUUAUCCUGCCUUUGACUAUGCAAUUGUUGAUUGCAUGCAUGAACUGCUCUUCAAUCGUACACACUUGGACCAGGUCGAUCAUAAUUUGGAUUUGCAAUUCUAUAGAUCCCUUGAAAACGUUCGCUACCAUAAGAACCUUCUCAACCCUAAUCCUGACUACAAGCUACGCUGCCCACCUCGUCAUGAAGUUUCAAUUUUAUAGGCAAUUAUAAAUUAACUUUUCAAUAAAGA